AUGUCCUCUUUCGGCACCCCAUCGGCUGGCCCUAUUAUUGAUUCUUUCCUCUCAGGGAAGGCACCAAUGGAUCCAUUCGUCAACAAGGAGCAAAAGUCCGAAAUCACCAUUUUGCAGAACGAGGUAUUCAAGGUGGAGAAAGAGAAGUUCAUGGAGGACAAGAGGACCAAGGAGACUAUUGCACGAGCCAAGGAGGUCCAAGAAACCUUAGGGAAGGCUAAGCUUGCCUAUGGCAAGAUAGAAGAUCUUAGUGUUGAGGAGCUCAAUGAGCUUGUGCAUGACCUCUCACAAAUUGAGCAGGAGAUUGAUGAUCGACUCCGCCCACAACAACCUAGCUAUCAGCUGGAGGUUGGUGGGUCAAGAGAUCCAUUCCUCGGGCGGCCGUCCUCUUCGUCAUCACCUUCUUCACAGAUCCAGAUGCCACCAAGACGUUUGCCGUGGACUCCCAUACAACCAUCCUUGCAGCUUCCAAAAUCAUCAUGGUCUCUUCCACAAUCAUCAAGGUCGCGGUCCUCUCUUCUCAAUCCUUCCAUGCUACCAUCAGCACAAGCACAGCCAAUAUCAAUGCCACCGUUCCAACAUAGUCAGAUGCCACAGCAUGCUUUGGCGGUGCAACCACAGGCACAAAUGACGCUAUCGUCUACUGAAACCUAUCCACACAACUACAAUACCCUGGAGAUGCACAUCAACGGUAACAUCUCGCUACCAUUCAUACAAUCUUCUUUGAUGCCUGCGCUACCACCACCACCUUCGCCAUCCACGCAGAUUACAUUCUAUAAUGAAUUUCCUCCUCCAUCAUCAUCGCAACAACCGCCAACUCCAUUGCCUAUUGAGGCCGAGCAUUACAUGGUGGAGCAUCCUGAAAACCAUGCAAGCACUCAAGACUUUACUGCUGGUCACCCAUUUGCCAAUCACCAGUGGCCUUCCCCUAUUCCUUCUAACGAGCCAUACUAUGAUAUUAGCCUGUAUGGGCUGAAUCUUUACUUGGGAGACCAUGGUGAUUAUGGAGGCCUUGUUACUGUUGAGCGUGACAUGGCUGGUCCUUCUGGUCUGCAUCAACAAACUUAUGAUUGUCCCUACAGGAACUUCUUAGGGUCUUCUUCUUCAGGAGAAAGUCAUGGGGAUUACGGUCCAGGAAAUAAUGUUGGUGAUAUGGCCCACCUCGGUGAUAGUUGA